AUGAUGCCGGGUAAUAAUAACAAACGGAAUAGUUCCAAAAAAUCUCAAAUGACAAAGGGCCCGAAAAAGGGGAGUACGUCUUCACUGCAAGCACCCACCUCAACCACUUCGGCUAAUAUUAUUGGUUCUAUUGGAGGAGAGCCUGAGGGUCCGAAGCAUCGGAUUAUCGAUGAGACUGCAGAGGAAGAGAGCUCUGAUGAUGAACUCGAAUCUGGAAGUGAUGACGAGACGAAUUAUGUCAAGGAGGAAUCGCCAGAAGUUCCUUCAGAGUUUUGGCAUCUUCAGAAGUUGAUCAAGUAUACGAAGGCCGGCAAUCAAACAGCCACGACAGUUGCCCUGUGUUUGUUGAAGAAUUAUGAACUCGACAGCAAGCCAAUUCAACGAUCCAUUCGCGAGAUGGGUGGCUUGGAAGUUCUGGUGAAUCUCCUAGAAACCAAAGACGUAAAAUGUCAAUUAGGUUCUCUCGCAGUUUUAUCGCGAAUGGGAAACUGUUUUGACACUCGUCGCUACCUAAUCGACCUCGGUAUCGUUUCCCCACUCAUCGAGAUGCUGAAACAUCCCGCGAGAGACGUGAGGAUUCUCGCUGCGGAGACGAUGGCCAGCGUAGCGAUGAUGCGAAAAGCGAGGAAGCAGAUUCGCGUCCGGAACGGUAUUGCAUUGAUCUUGGAUGCAAUGGAUGUACCUGACAAUGUUCUGCGUCGCAACGCUGAACAAUCAAACGAAAGCGAGCGACAGCACGUUGCAGUUGCAAUUGCAUGUGCUAAAGUCCUGGAUGCAUUGAGCAGCAGCCCAAAAAUUAAAGAAGAACUUCGUAAACAUGGAGUUGUUUUUUUUAUGAGUAGAUUUCUACAAUCGGCGCAUAUUGAACUCGUUGUGCCUAUUAUGGGAGCUGUUCAACAAUGUGCAGAUCUGAAAGUAUUUCGUUUAGCAUUUGAACAAAUGGGAAUAAUCUCAGAGAUUGUUCGUCACCUUCGAACCGGUGAGUCGAUAACAAAUGGGAAACCCUCCCACGACCCUCAUCCCCCAAAAAUAAACCACGAGAACGGAACUGCUGAAGAAGAACAUCCACCAGAAAACAAGAACGCCCUCAAAGCUCAGAGAGAUCGGAUCAAAUUGGAAGAGAACUGUGCUUUAGCAAUUUUCAAAUGUGCCUCCAAUAAAUUAACCAGAGAUAUGGUGAGGCAGGCCGGAGGGUUGGACCCUCUCUGUCGCCUCGUCCAAAGUGAACAAGUACGUUCAAAUAAAAGAUUACUAGCUGCAGUCACUGGAGCCAUUUGGAAAUGUGCAAUUAGUCCAGAGAAUGUAUCGAGAUUCAAUCAGAAUGGAUUAGUUGCAUCACUAGUCCCACUGCUUGAGGAAAAUGAAGAUGAGGAAGUUCUAGCACAUGUUGUCGGAGCGUUAGCCGAGUGCUGUGUUGAUCCUGCAAAUAGAGCAGUUCUGAGAAUUAAUAAUGGACUUCCUAAAUUGAUUAGAUUAUUGAGUUGCACAUACGAGCCUCUCCUGGAGAACCUACCCUUGGUAAUAAAGGAAUGCGCUGAAGAUGAACAAUGUAUGGAUGUAAUAAACGACCCAUCACACUCCCUGGAUGGGGUUCGCUUAGUCUGGUCCCUAUUGAAGCACCCCAGCAACGUAGUCAAAAGGAAUGCCUGUUGGGCUCUGGUUCCCUGCAUAAAACGCGCUAAAGAUUCACCGGAAAUGGUCCGAGCCUUCGUGGGAGGUCUGGAAUUAACGGUUACGUUAUUAGAAACUGAUGACACUGAAGUCCUUGCUGCUGUUUGCGCUGCUAUUGCUGAAAUCGCAGUGGAUCCUGAGAAUCUGGGCAUUCUUACGGAUCAUGGGGUUGUGGAAAAGCUUGCAAGCCUCGUCAAUACCGAAGACGAACAUUUAAGGGCUUACCUCACCCUGGCAAUCGCGUUUUGUUGUGAAUGGGGUCGAAAUAAUUACGAAUUUGGACGUUUGAAUGCGGUUGCACCUCUAGUCAAUUACGCGAAUAGUAAACAUAAAGAUGUGCUCAAGGGUGUUUGCAUCGCUUUCUAUCACUUGAGUAAAGAACCACUGAAUUGUGUUACCAUGCACACUUGUGGAGUUAUAAAGCAUGUAUUACGUCUUGUUGGGUCUGAAGAUCCUGAAGUACAGAUCGCAGCAGCGACUACCAUUCGAAAUAUCAGAAAAUUAGCCCUCACAUCUGAAAAAAUGCAAAUCGGUGAAAUAAAUACGCUUGAAGAAAUGGAGUAUCACACCUGAAAUUAAAAAGACAUGUACGAAAAAAGCCUAAAUAAAUCAUCAGUAACAGAAUUGUGUUUCUCAUAAA